AUGUUAGUGUUCUCGUUCAGGCUGAUGUUGGACGUAAACAAGAGAGUGUACAAUCAUAGGCCAGGGCCUUGCCGAGUAGUGGAAGCAGUUGAGCACGGCUCCGAAGACAUCGCUUUAGUUGAGGACGAGGGUAUCGCAUUCGUGACCUCUGGCGUCCAGUACCUGACACCGCGCGGCAAGGAAAACUUCCAUCCUCACGGCAUCUCUCAUAUCACCACCUCUCUUGGGAUAGUUCGACUAUUCGUCAUCAAUCAUUCGAAAUCGUUCCAGCACUCAGUGUUUGUGCUCGACUGGGAUAGUAAAGCGCGCGAGCUGAAUCUGGUUAAAAUUAUUGAGGAUGAAAAAUUUAUCAGACCGAACGAUCUCGUGGCGGUGUCUGAGGAUGCUUUCAUCUUGUCCAACGAUGGCUCUAGUCAAUCCUCUCUCUUCAACAUGCUCGAAAUUCUAUCAAUGUAUCCAUCCGGAAGUAUUGUUUUCUAUGAUGGGAAGGUGAGCCACUGGCUGCAGUCCAGUGCUGUUUCACCGAAUGGCAUAGCACUUGAUCAAGAACGCCUUCACCUCAUCGUCUCCCAUAUCAACUCUGAAAUCGGAUACUUUCAGGAUUACCGAUCACUAUCACAUGUAGCCGAUAUUCCACUGUUGACAUCGGCGGACAACCUCUACAUAGACAAAAGCGGCGCGGUGUGGACGGUUAGUGGCGCUCAUCCGGUGUCAAAAGACGCCAUAAAACAUCUGGGUAACUGCGAGGAUCUAAAGGUCUACGGGCCUUCACAGGUGCUACGAAUCGUAUUCUCGAAGGGAUAUCGCUCGUGGGAGAUCAGUGAACCGUUCGCUGACGACGGUCGCCUCAUCUCGUCGUCGUCGAUCGCGGUGCCCUACAACAACCAACUGCUCAUUGGUUCUGUGUGCAGACAACUCGUCCACUGUGACAUCAGACCUGAGACAAUUUAA